CAUGCGUGUGGUUAUGGCGGGCGAUCCCGAGGGCUUCUACAACCUCCUCCAUCGCCUAUGCUGGCAUGCCGAUACGCUGCUGCAGCUGUCGGAGCUGUACCGCCAUCGCGAGGAGCAUGCGACUGCGGUGGACUUCGUGGACCGUGCACUCUUCACCUAUGAGCGUGCAAUGCUCGGCGCGUUCAACCUCACUUCUGGCGUGAACCGCCUCGAUUUCGAUCACGUUGAGACGCGUCCGUUCUUCCUGGCUGUCCAUCGUCAGGUCGCAGACUUGCAACGUCGCGGAUGUUUCCGUACUUCUUUCGAGUUCGCGCGACUGCUUUAUGCACUCGACCCAUGGAACGAUCCCCACGGCGCGCUGCUUCAUCUCGAUUUCCUGCCCUUCAAGGCCCACCAGACAGAGUGGUUGCUCUCAGUCUGGGACGUCUUCGCGUCGUGGAAGAAGCAGGAGCCAGACAAGCUCGUAAAGCGCAUGGACCCGACCUUGCUUCCGGGCUGGAGCUACUCGCGGGCGUUGGCACUGUUCAUCAAGGAAAAGGGGGAGAAAUCGAAGAACCAUGACGAGAGCACGGCGGCGUUGGUGGACGCUGUCAAGGCUUUUCCUCCAGUAGUGUCGCUGCUGGCUGACAAGUUAGAGGUGUCAUUACCGGAGUCGCUGCGCUCGCAUCGCAUAUUCAGAAUUGAGACGGAUGCGAGGUAUGUGUGUUGGGCUCUCUCGUGCAUCACUGACGAACAUGUUCAGCCACCUUUCCGGCCCCGAUGCGAUCAUGCACCUACUUUGCCACCAAUACGUGCAGCGCGCCUUCUCCGUCUGGCAGGAUGAUGCGUAUAUU